AUGAAGUUGUUGCUUUGCAGUGGUAUCAUUGUCGAAAAGAUCUGCGAAUACUUUUGCUACAAUGAAAAGCACAAGGACCAGGUCAACGUGCCGGACAUGGACAUUCCGCCUGAGCUGUGUCUGGAGCUCCUGAUGGCGGCUGAUUUCUUGAAUACUUGA